CGCCGCCACACGCCGCCUAAACUCUGGACCCGGCUUCGUCCCUCCCCCUCGUCCUGAGCCUGCGGGAGCCGGGUGCACACCAUGUCGGUCGCGAUCAGCAACAGGUUCCAAGGAGGGAAGGCGUUCGGAUUGCUCAAAGCUCGGCAAGAGAAGAGACUGGCCGAGAUCAACCGGGAGUUCCUCUGUGACCAGAAGUACAGCGAUGAAGAGAACCUGCCAGAAAAGCUCGCAGCCUUCAAAGAGAAAUACAUGGAGUUUGACCUGAACAAUGAAGGGGAGAUUGAUCUGAUGUCUCUAAAGAGGAUGAUGGAAAAGCUGGGUGUCCCCAAGACCCACCUGGAGAUGAAGAAGAUGAUCUCAGAGGUGACAGGGGGCGUCAGUGACACCAUCUCCUACCGAGACUUUGUGAACAUGAUGCUGGGCAAGCGAUCAGCUGUCCUCAAGCUAGUCAUGAUGUUCGAAGGAAAAGCCAACGAGAGCAGCCCCAAGCCAGCUGGGCCCCCUCCAGAGAGAGAUAUUGCCAGCCUGCCCUGAGGACCCUCCUGGACCCUCCCUGCCCUGCCCCUCCCUCUUGCUCUCACUGAGCUUCUCCACUCAGUGUAAUCUGUCGUGUUUGUUUUGUUGUGGUGGGUUCGUUUUUGUUUGGGUUUUUUUUCCCCUCAUUCAUUUCUUUGUGAAAACACAAGUUACCUGCCUUAAAGAGGCUCUGGGCAGGGGGAUCCAGAGCCUCAGGUCCCCUUCCUUUCUGCUCCCUGCGCUCCCUAUACAGAGGGGCUGACAUCAGACCAAAAACUGGAGAGGACAGGGUCAGAGCAGGGAGGUUGGAAGCCUGCGUUCCAUACUUGAAGAAAGUCCUGUCCAUCUGUCCAUCUUUCCAGAAGAUCUCCGAACUAAGCUCAGACUACAGGCUUCACUCUGGUGAGCCCUUCCUCUCCCUCUACUCUGAGAGGACCCUGAGUAGGCACAAAACUACAGGGCCUCCUUAGAGUUCCUUAGACUGCUCCAUGCUUGCGGUGCUCCUGGGUAGUCCAGGGCACGACCACUUAGUGCUCCCCUCAUGCAGCUGACCCCUUCUUGGUUCAUGCUUCUCUCUGUCCUUGAUGACAAGACAUAGAAAGGGAAGAAAGGCAGCUGGCCAUUGGAGUUCUUCAAGAAGGAACAUUUCUCUCUUGACCACACCUUUCCAGGCAGCUCAGAGGGAUAGUGCAGCCCUACCAUCCCUUGCUAGGGUAACAAAGGGCUUUGGGAGCAGAAGCGAUGGCAGUGGCCUGGAGGUGUGUCUUACCUUUGAGGAGAAUGCUGAGGGCCCCAGGAUGGAAGCAUGAGGGGGCUGAAUGCUCAUGACAAAAUGUCACCACCACUGUUGAACCUCAAACUGAGAAACAGACUGUCCUGAUUUCAAAAUGCUUGAAACCCAGCUAUACUUCCUCCAUUUGCCUUCCUCCCUGAUAGCCCAUUUGUUCACUCACUUAUUCAACAGAUAUUUAUUGAGCACCUACUAUAAGCUUUAAGUCCCCCCAUUUUGUCUGGAAGUGUGCUGUGUCCAAUUCAUUUCUGUCUUUUCAAGUCCCUCAAGACUUGGAGGUUGGGAAUUAGAUGGAGGUCACCUGGGUUCCUUCUUGUGGACUAACAGGAUCUUAGAGCCCUGAUCCACCCUGUAGAUAAGCUGGGUCAUUCCUUUUUACUGUGUUGGCCCACAGAGGUUAACUGCCUUGCCCAAGGUUGAGGGGCUCAGCUGGAGAUUGAGUUUGGACUCACCCAGGUAGUCAGGCACCUUGUCCAUACCUUACUUCUGUUCUAGUCUGCCUUAGUCAAAGGGAAAGUCAACAGAGGAGGGCAAUCUCAGUCUCCCAGCCUGAUACUUGAGGAAGGCUUCACUCCCUCUGAAGGCCUUGGGUCAGGACUCAUCCUCCCUAGGACCUCCAAGUCAUCAGUAGAGUUUAGGUAAGAGCCAAGCCUGCCUUUGUAGCUUGCCUUUCCUAUGGCUUCUUGGCUGAUCCUCAAAGAUCCUAUAACUCAUGUAGGAAAAUGUCACACUUGACCCAAUCUUACCUGAGUGGGGACCUCAGCCUUGACCUUACCCAUGUUCCUCUACCCUGGCCCUCAGGACUCAGAUGCAUUCAUUCCUUGAGCAUAUUCAUCAAGUACCCACUAUACCCAUGAGUUCAGUACUCCACAGUGAAAUGGACAGACACAGAAAAUUUAGGUCUAGUGGGGAGUCAGACUCAACCAACAUUAGGAAAUAGAGGACAUGGGGAUGAGUCCCCUGCAGUCCCAGGAACUCCAGUUGGGCUCAAGACUUGGCAAGUCUUGCAGGAACCUCUGUAAAACCCUAAGUGGAAUGAAGUGAGGAUUGCUGGAUGAGUGUGGACUCCCUGUCUUAGUGUCCCACAGUCUAGUCCCCAGGGUGCUGGUCCCCACAGCAGCUUGAGAAAGUGAAGCAGGCAGGACAGGGCAUUGCCAGUUCCCGUUAAUUCUCUGGUCUCAACCAGUUCAGUUCAGGAAAGAUUAUUUGGCUUCAACUGGCUGAUCUUCAGCCUAAAGAGCUGCUUUAAAUACAUGAGUCUAGUUGAAGUUUAAACCCCAGAAAAACAUUCCUCCCUGUAAAUAUAAAAUCCCAUCUACCCUCACCUACUACCCCCCCCUUUUUUUUUUUUAAGAUUAUAAUCUCCUGUCCCUCCCCCCUCCUGUUUCCCUUCUCUAGACAGUCUGGGACUUCGGACUGUAUUCAGUGUGUCUGCUCCUCCCUGGGUCAGGAAGGCAGAACCAACCAGUCUCAUUGUAGUGGGUCCAGAACUCAGGAGAUCCCAAGGUGCCUCCAUAAAGGAGGAGAGCAAAGAAGGGUGCUUCUAACCUCUGGGGAGUACAGGAAAGUUUCUCUAGUUGUUUGGGAGAGGACCUCACAGGUCCCUUCACUAGUCCUUAGAACUCAACCCCCGGGGAGAUGUUCUUAAGAAUGACCCCUGAAGAGAGUCUGCAUGUAUUUUAGCUGUUGGUUCCAGGACUCUUUAACGCCUCUAAGGACUCAGCUUUCUUGUUUUAUUUCUGAAAAAGACCAAAUCUAACUGGUACAACCAACACUGUGAGGACUGUCAUGUAAGGCUUUGUCUCUGUGACUCAAAAGAAGUUUGUCAGGUGGAUUCAGGUGAAUGACAUUAUGUGUGUGAGUGUGCGUGUAUGGGGUGGGAUAUCUCUAUAGAUUGAAAUAAACCAGACAAGCUUAA